AUGGAACACCGCAAUUCGACAGACUCUUUGUCACUGGAGCCGGAACUAGAACGUCUUCGGGAAUUGAACAAAGAGCUGGAAAGACUCCGGCUCGCCUUGAUAUUCCCCCAAGGCACCAAUGCCGAGACCAAAGCCGAACCAGAGAGCUCAUCCACAGCCACGCCCAUGAUUACCGCCCAACAAAAUGAACCCACAUUCCACAUGUUCGCCAAGCUCCCGGCCGAGCUCCGGUUAAAAGUCUGGCAACACUCGCUCGAGCCGCGCGUCGUAGAGCUGCACACGCGCCGUGGGCACUACGCCGACGACUUCCGCCACGGCGGUCACCUCAAGUGGCACUCGCGGUGCACCAACCCGGCCACUCUGUCGGUGUGCGUCGAGUCGCGCGAGGUCGCCCUCGAACGCUACACGGUCGCGUUACCGCUGGCCGUUCCGCCGCGGAGGCACGAGACCCCCCAGGACAGCUUUCGAAUCCCCCAGGCCUGGAUCCCGGGGGACUCGGUCGACAGCCACCGUCACGUGCUGUACCUGGAUCCGGCGCGUGACACGGUUGCACUGCUCGGUGGACUGGAUCUCAAGCUCCUGAAGGAGCUUCUCGAUUGCAUUAGGCACGAAGAUCCGCGAGGGCUCAAGCGGCUCGGGAUGAGCGCUAGCUGUUUCGUUCACCGAGGUGGCGUGUCCUGCCUCGCCAUGUAUGCAGUGACGGUUUUUCGCCAUCUUCACGAAUUGGUGUUGUUCAUGUAUUCGGAAAACACGCCGCCCGAGGAUUGGCCCGGAGGGUGCUGCAGUUUGGAGGACUGUUCCGACAAGGACUUCUUCCGUGCGUGGGAAAUGGGGGCUGGGAAUCAGCUGAAGGGACCCGACAACAGGUUAGUAAUCUUACAAUUGUCAUUUGCGCUCGUUAGCAAUUCCUACACGCCACAAGAGCUGCGUUAA